AUGGAAUCCUGGGAUCCUAAGAAAGUCCAACACCUCAUCGCCCGCUCGCCUCCCCACCGACCCUUCCCCUCCUACCUCUCCUCCUCCUUCCCCUCCUCCCUCUCCUCCUCUCUCUCCUCCCACCUCGCCCUCCUCCUCUCCUCGCUCUCCCGCUACGCGCGCGCGCUGGACGCGUGGUGGGGAACAGUGGCCGAGGAGACGUUUAAUCUCUCCGAGGAGUUUAAGUACGUCGGCUGGCCGGGCAACUAUGGCAAGGCGGCGGGGGGAGCUGCAGGGGGUAGCGCGGUGGGCGCAACGGUAGCGUCUGCGGGGGGUGGGGGAUCGGUGGGGGGAGCGGGGGAAGGCGCGGGGAUGGGGGUGGGAGGGGGAGCGGGAGCGGGAGUGGAGGCGGGGGGAGCGGGUGUUGGGGGGGUGAAUGUGUGGCGGCGGGUGAAGAAGUACCGACACUUUGUGGCCUUCAUGGCUGUGGUGGCAGCAGUCAACGGGCUCUUCUCUCUGCUUCUCAUCGACUCCCUCCUCUCUGGUGCCUGCAUCCCUCUCUUCCACGACUGCCAUGCCCACCCUCACAGCCAUGGUGCUGCUGCUCUUGUAACCUAUGACCUGUCCAAUAUCAACCACACUCGCCACGCAGCAUCCCUCCGCUCCCUCCACCAACCACACGCCACCGAUUUCCACCACUCUGCGCACAGCAGCAGCCACAGACAAAGUCUCAUGCAGCAGCAGCAAGACGAGCGUCAGUCUGAGGAGGGGUAUCAGGGGAGGCAGGGAGGAGAAGAAGAAGAGGGCCAGGAGGAUGGACCCGACACGGCCAUGCAGCACGAUCGGAAUAAGGACGGGAAUGAUGGGAAUGGUGGGAGUGAUGGGAGUGAUGGGAGCGAUGAUGAGAACAGUGGGAGUAAAGAUGGAAGGCCCGGGGAUGGCACCCACUCAUCUGCUGGUCUCACGUCCUCAGCAGCCUCUGCUGCCUUCUUCCUCUCCAGACUAGCCCGAUCGCCAGGUGUUCAUGUCACCCCGUACCCCGACGUCCCAGGAGCAUACAUCCUGCAAACACCAUCCACGCCCACACCCUUAUCGUCCUCCUCCUCCUCGUCUUCCUCCAUUGAUCUUCAAGAUGCUGAUCCCACCUCCACCACCACCAGCGGCAGCAGCAGCACCUUUCCCCACCCCCCGCCGCGCUGCGCCCUCCUCCUGCGGGACGUGUGCUACGUGCACAUGCAGGGCGCCAGUCGCCUGCACCGCAGCAGCGCGGGCGUGUGGUUCGACCGUGAGGCGCUCGAGAGCGCUCUAGCAGGGGACCUGGGUGGUCAGGCCAUCCAUGCUGCCUCUGACCUGUCUAAGAUCAACCUGGGGCUCGUGCAGCAGUGUGCUGCUGGGGAAGGUGGCGGUGCAGGUGGGGGGAACUCGAGUACGAGUGGUACUGGUGGGAGUGGGACUGGUGGUGAUGGGAGCAGCAGCAGCAGCAGUGAGGUUGCUGAUGUUGAUUCUAUCGCUGAGGCUCUUUAUGAGAAGAUUGGGGGGUUUCUGAGUGCGGAUGAAAUGGCCUUCUAUGCCGCUUCUAGUGCCUCCCAGGGAAAGCAAGUCUUCCGCUCGUCUGCUCUCUCUCCGCCGCCCGCCCUCCCCUUGGCCGUCGUCCUGCCUUCGGCCGGGCGGCAGAGUGAGUUCGCUGACCUGGCAGAUGUGCUGCAUGACGUGGCACUCCACCUGCCGACCAUUUCCAAGCCUAGCUCCCGCCACCAACGUCCUUACCACGUGGCUGGUUCCAUCAAAAUAAAGGGCUUGCAAGUUAGUGGGUCGAGCUCUGUUAAUUCUGCUUCCGCUGCUGCUGGUGGUACUGCUGGCGCUGCUGGUGCUGAUGCUGCUGCUGCUGCUGCUGGUACCACCACUAGUGCUCCUGAAGAUACAGAAUCUUCAACAGGGCCCCAUCUCUUCCUCCCCUCCGCCGCCCACCCUCCUAACCUCUGGGUGGGUGGCGCAACUCGACUGCUUCUCGGGCCUCAAGCCCUCGCCCUGCCGGGCAGGCGCGUCGGGCAGGUGAAAUGUUUCCAGAACGCCGUUUUCAUCCCGGGCAGGGAACAAAAAACGAGGAACGCCUGGGCUGUGGAGGCAAUAAGGGAGAGAGCAUGGGAGAUGGUGGAUGAUGUAGAGACCUUGGUGUCUAAAAGGCUAUGGGGGGGCUCUCACUUUCCUUACCUCCUCCCUCUCCCUAUCCUCCCUCACUCCCUGCAGCGCACGGCUCUCCUGAUCGCCAUGCACGGCCCAUCCCUCGCCAACACCCUCUUCCUCCCGCCCAACGCCACGCUCCUCGAGCUCUUCCCCCCGCACCUCCACUCCCCCCAACACGCUUCCCUCGCCGCCGCCUCACGAGUUCACUACUACAGCUGGCACAACGCGCACCCUCUCAACACCACAUACACCUCUGACUGCAUGGCACGAGGGCAAUAUGCACUCCUGCCUGCGGCCCUGUGUGCGGGGAAACUGGAGUGCCUGGCGUGUGUGAGGGACCGGACGGUGACGGCGGUGCAUCUGGGGGAGCUGAGGGGCGUCCUGAGGAAGAUUCAGCAGCCGCUGCGGGCGUUUUUCCUGGCUGACAGUGUCAAGCACAGGCACAGACGGAGAGGAAUUCUGUAUGGAUCUAGCAGUAGCUAG